CAUCUUCCGUGAAUAUAACAAUUUGCUAGUUAAUUUGGAACUUUGCUAUCUACGCUGCAAAAUAUCGGAAAACACACUUGAUAAAUAGAAUUAAAUAUAUGCCGAAAAAUCUCAUGAACUGUUGGACCUACAAAUUCACGGCCUAGAUUUGUGUUUUUACGGAAUUACUGUGCCGCAUCUCAGAGUGUCUCGAAAGUUGGGAAUGUCAAAUUCUCUCUAAUUGACAGUUUGUACUUGUCAAAAUAAUUAUCGGUUUUAGCCAGUUUUCUUAAUUUACACAGACACACACAACAUCGAGUGAAUCUACAAUGUGAAUUAUAACUUUCAGUGAUUCUUUUAAUUAUAAAAAGGAUUUAUUCUAAUAACUACUGUGAUCACUGUCAAAAAGGUGCUACCGUCCAACUUGGAAGUUUAUUGUGUUUACACUUUUUCGAAAUCAACUUUUUACACGUAUGCUCUCAAUUUUAUCGUGACAUUAUCUUUUAAGAAAAUAUGGAGAAAUUUGCCAUCGAUUUGGACAAAGUGCUCGAUGAGUUUGAAUUCAAUGAAGACCGAGCCGAACAAGUUGCAUCAGUAGCACCAAGACACAUCGGACCCUCAGCAAUUCCAGCUCAGGGUCUUGUUCCAAAAACAUACAACCGUCCAACAAGUUCAACAGCAAUCGCAAAUGAGGAUCUGAAUGUCAUUCCUCCACCUGAAAGACACAAAGACGAAAGACCGAUUCCUGAUGACUCCUCGGCGCGAAACGAAAGGGAACGGAUAAAUGACAACCUUGCGAGUUUUCGAAAAACCGAGCUAAAACUAGACAACGUCGACUCUGUCAAUCAUUUUUACAAGCACGGCAAUCUCAGCGACAGCAAAAUUCAUCCCAAGCAAUGCGUCGAGUCUCAGUCUCUUGAUGCGGAACCAGUUUCCAUAAUCCACAAUGACAUAUCUCAAAAACUCCUGCAGAAAAAAUUAAACGACAACAUCAACACAAAGAUGCACAACAGCUUCGACAAAUUAAAUCAAUCCAGCAUCAAGCCCAGUGUUGGAAGUGUUUUUAGCAGUCUGAACGAAUAUAUAAACGCUCCGAGCGCAAGUCUAGUCCAAGAGUCAAAUUCUAAUGACUCGGAAAAUCUGGAUUUGCGACGCGACGAGUCCGUCCUCAAAAUAGAAUCGACAGACUGCACUGUCAUCAAAAAUAUAACAACUGACACCGGCAGUAUAAGUGUGAUAAAAAACGAUAUUGGAACUGCUGCAAGUAUUGUACCAAAAUUAUCAAAUGCCGUCUCCCUUCCACCGAAAUACCAGAAUAUUCUUCUGCCCAUAAAGCUAGAAUCGUGCAUUGAAAAACCGAGCAAUGUCGCGAUUGCAGAGACAGUACUGGUUUUGCCGGAAACGAGCAAGACAAACAACAAACCAGUCCAGACGGAAAAAGCGGAGAAGGAGGCCAAAAGUAUCAUUGAUGGGCCAGAGCACGUUUACGAGAAUGUUUAUAUUGGCACGGACAUUCCCAAAACUCGGGAAACUUACACUGCCGUUAAAUCCAAGAAACCGAAAGAAAAACCGGAAAUUGCCGAGGAGCGACUGGACUCGGAUCUGAAACACACUUAUGAAAAUGUUGAGUUUGCAGGAAAGCAAGAUCUUGAUGAUGAUCCUCCAGCCUACGAGUGUAUUUACAUUGGAGGGGAAAAUGUUCCCGAGACGACGACAGAACUGGAAAUCGCGGCCAAGAAAAUGGACGAAUUUUACGCCGGCAAAAGUCAGGAACAGCCGGAAACCAAGGGCAGCAACACCACUCGAUUAGUUUUCCAGACUGUUCAGUUAAAUGCGCCGCCAGCCGAGCACAAACCUGUCGGAUUCGGGAACAUUGACGACCUCUCCGAGGAGGAAUUGAAUCGCUAUUUGGCGGAAUUGGAAGCGGAGGAGCGAGCAAAUGAAGCGGCAGGUACCGAAAGUAUCGACAAAUUUCAGAAUAAGGACGACGAGGAUGCGAAUGAGGCGCCAAUUUUUGAGAGUGUCACUAUCGGACAAUUGCCGAGUGUCUCGGAAAAAGAUUUGCAGCAAAAGGCCAAGAAAUUCCCGGUGAUUGACUACAGCAAGGGCGAGGGCUCGAGCGAUUUUUUAUCCAAGAAAGGUUCGGAAAAAUUUCUCGAACCUAUAAAGCCUAUUUCGAAAGCAAAGGACGAGGACGAGGGAAGGGUAAGAAAAAGUAAGAGGACGAACGAGAAGGUGAACAAGUCUUCCGACAGUGUUGAUCUGGGUCAACAAGUUUCAAAAACUGAGGAAGAGAGGCUGGUGGAGGAACGAGUUGUUGCGCAGAAUGAGGAAAAUGGAGAUUGCAGUUUGGAGGAUUGUGUUGAGGACGAGGUAUUGUCGAGUGGGAAAAAUACUCAAGAGGAGGAGAAUUUAGAGAGUAGUAAGUGUCCGGAGAGUGAUUUUCAGGAAUCGAGUCUGGAGCCGAGUGGUCAAGUGGAGAAUCCCGAUUUAAAUCCUGACAAUAAAGAGACUAGCGGUGCAUUAAAUGUGAAUGAAACUUGUGGAGAGAAUGAAGAAAGUAGGAUUAGUGGUGAGGUGGAGGAUCUGGAUCGACCUGCAAGGCCGCAGACUUUGGAUAUCGUUUCAACUGUUGAUAUGACCGACUUUGCGGCUGGGUCGCAAGAGACAAUUCCUGUAGAGCAGCUGCAGCAAGUUCCUGAAGAUGAAGGAAAUGGAGAUCAAGUUCGUGCACCUUCUCCGGAUGUUUCCGAGAAUUCUUCCAUGGAUUCGGGAAUGGUGCUUGGCAAACAGCCACCCUUUUGGAUUCCCGAUAGCGAUGCACCGAAUUGUAUGCUCUGCGACGUCAAAUUCACGGUUAUCAAGAGGCGUCAUCAUUGCCGAGCUUGCGGAAAGGUGCUAUGUAGCAAAUGCUGUAGCAUGAAAUACAGACUGGAAUACCAAGGCAAUAUAGAUUCACGUGUUUGUCUACCUUGUCAUCAACUUUUAAUUAAAGCUGAAAGUGAACAAGAGUCCGGAGAUUGGCCUGGUUAUCCAAUCAACGCCAGUGGCCCAGGCAUCAAUUCCCCUCAGGGGAGACAGCCUAAUCCAAAUAAUCCGAUGGAGUACUGUUCAACCAUACCACCUUUGCAACAGUUGGUCGGUGGUUUGCCUCCAGCUCCAACUGUCAUGGUUCCCGUGGGAGUCCUCAAACGAGAGGGCAGUGCAAAACAGCGACCAGAGGGACAGAAAUCUGUCAUGUUUAGCGAUGGAAUAAGGCCUGGCUGUGACCUAACAGAGCUAGACACAUCCUGGGACCCUCGGCCGCCAUCGAAAAAGAUUGCAAGUAAGAGAAUUUCGGCUUCCGGAUUGCCUCUGUCUUCCAAUAUUACUAAGAAGCAGAAUCUCGCACCUUGGGAUCCACAGGAUCCGAAUGCGUUACCGCCCACUGUUACAAUUCACAAAGGACAAAUUACCUACCACGAUAUUUCGGACCAAAACAAUUUGAUCGCUUCGUUGAGGAACGAGUGCGAGCCUCCGGUGAUGUUUGCCAUCAAUCGAAACCUUUAUGCGUAUAUAAAAAUAAUUAACUUAAGCUGCUGCGUCAAUAGGAUAUGCUGGAAUAUCACAUCAAAGGGUCUUGCCUGUGUGGGACAGGACGAAGUUGUAUUUUUAAUAGAGACCUUGCCUGACGAGACGCAAAUUCCAAAGGACGUUCUCAUCCACAUCAAUCAGAUGUAUGUGGAGGCAACAAAAGGAAAUACGAUAACCGAAUACGGUGUGUCGAUACAUUCAAGUGGGAAUUUAUUAGGAUCUCGAGAACACGCAGGAUUUUUGUUCAUUCGACAAACUCUCCAGUGUCUACAGAAAAUUGUUCUUCCUCCAGCUCCUUUUCUUGUUGGUCUCUUGGUGCAUAGAUGGGAAACUCCCUGGGCAAAAGUGUUUCCGCUCCGUCUAGUUUUGCGCCUCGGUGCCGAGUAUCGUUAUUAUCCUUGCCCCUUAGUCUCUGUGCGCUUUAGGGACGCAGUUUACUUUGAAAUUGGCCACACAAUAAUGAAGGUUCUUGCGGACUUUCGAAACUUUGCCUACACUUUACCGUCUGUGCGUGGUUUGACGAUACACAUGCAGGACAGAACGACACUAGUUAGAUUUCCAAAAAACCGGUACGAUCAAGUUAUCAAGGGCUUGAACAAUUCAAACGACCAUGUCCUCGCCUUUGCGGCAAACUUCAGUGUUCAAGCGGAUUCGCAUUUGGUCUGCAUUCAGACAAAUUCCGAGGACGAGAGCAGUUAUCAAACCCAGGCGAUUAACAUCCAAAUUAAACCCAGAAAAGUAACUGGGGCCAGCUUUAUUGUUAUUAAUGGUGCAUUAAAAUCGUCUAUGGGACUUUCUGCAAAGUCGAGCAUUGUUGAAGAUGGACUGAUGGUGCAAAUAAUGCCGGAAAAAAUGGAGGCCUUGAAAGCUGCUCUUAAAAAUAUGCAAGACUUUACGAUAGGCUGCGGCCGUCAAGGAGCUCCUGAACCAGACGAGGUGGUCAACAUUAAAUGGAUUGAAAAUGAUGUUUUCUUCAAUUUAGGAGUAAAGAGUCCCAUCGAUGGUAAAGCCAUGGAUGGAAUUCCGUCAAUUAGGGUUCACAAUGGAAUCGAUUAUGUGGGAACAAGCAGGUUCAUUCGCUGGACUGAAGUAUUUAUAAUCAAGUCUGAUGAUCAUCCAACUGGUGUUCACGAUCCUGUAGACAUUAACAAAUUAUCGGAAAGUAUUGCUCGAGCAACUUGUGCGGCUCUCGUUAAAUUGUUGGAUCUUUUAGCAACGGCUGGACUCACAAAAAUCGCCGUCAGAACGACAACGAGUUAUAGUGAGGUUGGAUACGAAGCGGGGAGCGAAGGUACGCGACUACCUCCGAUUUACAUGAACAGUUUGGAUAACGAGCUAAUCCAGGUUUUGCAAAAGGCCGUACAAAGUAGUCAGGAUACUUAUACAGUCCUCGAAUUAGUCUUUUACAUACUGGAGUGUGUCUAGCUUUUCUCAUUUGCAACUAGGAAUUUUCUCGUAUGGGUAAUGUGCAAUUGACUCUUUUUUUAUACCUAUUUUUUUUUAUAAAUUCUUCGAGUUUAUUUUACACUGGUCCUUUUAAUUUUAAAACGCUGAAAUCCGAGCUUGAAAUUCACGUAGCUUAAGCUUUUUCCAAGCAAGACAUUUAUAUAGAUAUAAAAAAAAAAACAUCUCUGUAUCUAUUAAUAUUUUUGUAUAAGCCCUUUGUUUAUAUCAUUUGUUAUUGUUAUCGAAAUUUUGAAGCUUGAUUUUCUCAUUGUGAGUCGAUCGGCGAAAUCUAUUUUUGUGAAACGCUAGAAUGGAAAGUUAACGGUGGGGUUGCUAAAGACUGGCGUCGAAUCCUGAGAAAUACUUUUGUACAGUUUGAUUCUUUUAAGAAUUUAAUAUAAUAUUCGUUAUAUUGUCAUGCGUUACUAAUCAUUCUAAUAUAUGUAAUAUAAUAAUGUGGUAAAAGAAAAAGAUAUCAAGGCGUAAUCGUAGGUAAUUAUUUUAUUCUGCACGAUAUUUUCUCAGGAUAGCAGAAUUCCAAGAAUUAUUUCCGAGUUUUCCAGCAUCAGGAAGAAAAUCUUUGAUGAUGGAGGUGGUUUUGCGCAGUGUAAAUGUGAUAAUAGAGCAAAUAAAUUGUACAUAUUA